GCCGCCCGCCCCGCGGGGCCCCGCCGCGGCGCGCCCCCCGCAGCCGCCAGGUGCUCCCGGAGCGCGGCGCCGGCUGCCGCCACGCCGGGGAGCCGCCGCCUCAGGUCCCUUCAUGCGGCCGUGAGCUGGGAGGCCGAGCAUGCGGACCCGGCUCCCCCCGGCGCUCGCCGCCCUGGGCGCGGCGCUGCUGCUCUCCUCCACCCAGGCGGAAGUUGACCCACCUUCAGACUUGAAUUUUAAAAUUAUAGAUGAAAAUACUGUUCAUAUGUCAUGGACAAGACCAGCUGAUCCAAUCGUGGGUUACAGAAUAACAGUGGACCCGACAACAGAUGGGCCCACUAAAGAAUUUACCCUUGCUGCCAGUACCACUGAGACAUUGUUAUCAGACCUCAUUCCUGAAGUAGAGUAUGUGGUGACGAUUGCUUCAUAUGAUGAAGUAGAAGAAAGCAUACCAGUGAUUGGCCAACUGACAAUUCAAACAGGUGGUCCAACGAAGCCAGCUGAGAAGAAACCUGGAAAGCCAGAGAUACAAAAAUGCUCUGUCAGUGCCUGGACUGAUUUAGUGUUCCUCGUGGAUGGCUCAUGGAGUGUGGGAAGAAAUAAUUUCAAGUAUAUUUUAGACUUUAUUGCUGCUCUUGUGUCUGCUUUUGAUGUUGGGGAAGAAAAGACAAGGGUUGGAGUCAUUCAGUACAGCUCUGAUACCAGGACUGAAUUUAACUUGAAUCAGUACUACCAAAGGGAUGAGCUUCUGGCUGCAAUUAAAAAAAUUCCAUACAAAGGUGGCAACACAAUGACAGGGGAUGCCAUUGAUUACUUAAUUAAAAAUACUUUUACGGAAUCUUCUGGAGCAAGACCUGGGUUUCCUAAAGUGGCAAUUAUUAUUACGGAUGGCAAAUCCCAGGAUGAAGUGGAAAUUCCAGCCAGAGAACUUCGAAGUAUCGGGGUGGAAGUUUUCUCUUUGGGCAUUAAAGCCGCAGAUGCAAAAGAGCUCAAACAAAUCGCCUCCACACCUUCGUUAAGCCAUGUUUUCAAUGUGGCCAACUUUGAUGCAAUCGUGGAUAUUCAGAAUGAGAUCAUCUCUCAGGUGUGCUCAGGUGUUGAUGAACAGCUUGGUGAAUUGGUCAGUGGAGAAGAAGUUAUUGAACCUCCUUCAAAUUUGAUUGCCAUGGAAGUCUCAUCGAAAUACAUGAAGCUAAGCUGGACUCCAUCUCCUAGCCCAGUGACUGGCUAUAAAGUCCUCUUUACCCCCAUGACCACGGGGCGCCGACAGCACGCGCUGAGCGUGGGGCCUCAGACGACCACACUCAGCGUUCGCGACCUGACAGCAGACACGGAAUACCAGGUCAGCGUGGCCGCCGUGAAGGGGCUGACCGCCAGCGAGCCCGUGUCAAUAAUGGAGAAGACCCAGCCGAUGAGAGUGCAAGUGGAAUGCUCACGUGGUGUGGAUAUAAAAGCCGAUAUUGUGUUUUUGGUUGAUGGUUCCUAUAGCAUUGGGAUUCCAAACUUCAUUAAAGUUAGAGCCUUUUUGGAAGUUCUUGUAAAAAGUUUUGAGAUUUCACCCAAUAGGGUACAGAUCAGUCUUGUCCAGUACAGCCGGGAUCCUCACACUGAGUUCACUUUGAAAAAAUUCACCAAAGUUGAAGACAUAAUUGAAGCAAUAAACACCUUCCCCUACAGAGGAGGAUCUACGAACACUGGGAAAGCGAUGACUUAUGUCAGAGAGAAAAUAUUUGUGCCAAGCAAGGGUUCGAGAAGCAAUGUACCAAAGGUCAUGAUUCUGAUCACUGAUGGGAAAUCCUCAGAUGCCUUCAGAGAUCCUGCCAUUAAACUAAGGAACUCAGAUGUUGAAAUCUUUGCAGUUGGCGUAAAGGAUGCGGUACGCUCAGAACUGGAAGCAAUCGCCUCUCCUCCUGCUGAGACCCAUGUGUUCACGGUGGAAGAUUUUGAUGCUUUUCAGAGGAUAUCUUUUGAACUCACACAAUCCAUCUGCCUUAGAAUAGAGCAAGAAUUGGCAGCUAUAAAGAAAAAAGCUUAUGUGCCUCCAAAGGAUAUUAGGUUUUCUGAGGUGACCUCUUACAGUUUCAAAACCAACUGGUCUCCUGCUGGGGACAAUGUGUUUUCCUACCACGUCACCUACAAGGAAGACGCCGGGCACGGGGAGGAGGUCACGGUGGUGGAGCCUGCGUCCAGCACCAGCGUCCUUCUCAGCAACCUGAAGCCAGAGACCCUGUACCUGGUCAACGUGACUGCGGAGUAUGAGGAUGGCUUCAGCGUUCCCUUGGCCGGGCAGCAGACCACCGAGGAAGUAAAAGGAGCACCUCGAAACCUAAAGGUGACAGACGAGACAACAGACAGCUUUAAAAUUACCUGGACUCAAGCUCCAGGGCGAGUGUUAAGGUACCGAGUUACCUACAGACCAGCUGCUGGUGGAGAAAGCAAAGACGUCACCACCCCAGCCAAUCAGAGGAGGCGGACGCUGGAGAACCUGACACCAGACACCAAAUACGAGGUCUCGGUGAUCCCUGAAUACCUCUCAGGACCUGGCUCUCCGCUGACUGGCACCGCAGCCACUGAAGAAGAACGUGGCUCACCUGGGGAUUUGGUCACUAAAGAUAUCACCAACACUUCAAUUGGGGCGUAUUGGACAUCUGCGCCAGGAAUGGUUCGAGGUUACCGGGUCUCAUGGAAAUCGCUUUAUGAUGAUGUUGAGGCUGGAGAGAAAAGGCUUCCUGGAGAUGCAAUUCACACUGUGAUAGAGAAUCUGCAGCCAGAGACCAAAUACAGAGUCUCGGUAUUUGCAACUUACAGCAGUGGAGAAGGAGAGCCCGUGCAGGGAGAGGCCACGACGGAAUUAUCCCAAGAUUCAAAAGUCUUGAAAGUAGAUGAAGAAACUGAAAACACAAUGAGAGUUACCUGGAAGCCAGCCCCUGGGAAAGUGGCCAACUACCGUGUGGUGCACCGCCCACGCAGGGGGGGGAGACAGAUGGUUGCAAAAGUGUCCCCCACGGUCACCUCAACAGUGUUAAAGCGACUUCAGCCUCAGACCACAUAUGACAUCACAGUUCUCCCGAUUUACAAGGCAGGAGAAGGAAAGCUUCGGCAAGGAUCAGGGACAACAGCUUCUCGAUUUAAGUCACCCAGAAACCUCAAAACAUCUGACUCCACCAUGUCGAGCUUCCGAGUGACCUGGGAGGCCGCCCCCGGGGAAGUGAAGGGUUAUAAAGUCACAUUCCACCCCACGGGAGAUGAGAGAAGACUGGGGGAGUUAGUGGUCGGGCCGUACGACCACACCGUUGUCUUGGAGGAGCUGAGGGCAGGCACCACGUAUAAAGUCAAUGUCUUUGGAAUGUUUGAUGGAGGAGAAAGUUCCCCACUUGUUGGACAAGAAAUGACGACCCUCUCAGACACGACUGUCACACCCCUUUUAUCCUCUGGCAUGGAGUGUCUCACCAGAGCUGAGGCGGACGUGGUAUUGCUGGUCGAUGGAUCGUGGAGCAUCGGCCGGACAAAUUUCAAAACCGUGAGGAGCUUCAUCUCUCGUAUCGUGGAAGUCUUUGAGAUCGGCCCCAAAAGAGUACAGAUCGCCUUGGCCCAGUACAGUGGGGACCCCCGGACCGAGUGGCAGUUAGACGCUCACCAAGACAAGAAGAGCUUGCUGCAAGCAGUGGCGAACCUGCCCUACAAGGGCGGCAACACGCUCACAGGCAUGGCUUUGAAUUUCAUUCGCCAACAGAACUUCAAGGCCCAAGCUGGCAUGAGGCCUCGAGCUCGAAAAAUCGGCGUUCUCAUCACCGACGGAAAAUCACAAGAUGAUGUAGAGGCACCUUCAAAGAAGCUCAAGGACGAGGGUGUGGAGCUGUUUGCUAUUGGUAUUAAAAAUGCUGAUGAGGUCGAACUAAAGAUGAUUGCGACAGAUCCGGAUGACAUCCACGCAUACAAUGUGGCAGAUUUUGAUUCGCUCUCCAGGAUCGUGGAUGACCUGACCAUCAACUUGUGUAACAGUGUCAAAGGUCCAGGAGACUUGGAAGCCCCUUCUGACCUGGUUAUUUCUGAGAGAACCCACCGCUCUCUCCGGGUGAGCUGGGUGCCGCCCGCGGACAGUGUGGACAGAUACAAGGUGGAAUACUACCCGGCUUCUGGAGGGAAACGUCAAGAGUUUUAUGUGAGCCGACUGGACAGUAGCACGGUAUUGAAAGACCUGAAGCCUGAGACUGAGUAUGUUGUUAAUGUGUAUUCUGUGGUGGAAGAUGAAUCUAGUGAGCCUCUGAAGGGUACAGAGAAAACCCUGCCGGUCCCUGUCGUCAGCCUGAAUAUUUACGACGUCAGUCCUACCUCCAUGCACGUGCAGUGGCGGCCGGUGGGCGGGGCUACUGGCUACACCUUGUCCUACGAGCCCAUCAAUGCCACGGAACCAACGAAACCCAAAGAGAUGCGUGUGGGGCCAGAAGUGAAUGCCGUGCCGCUGCCCGACCUCUUUCCUAACACCGAGUACGCAGUCACAGUCCAGGCUGCCCUGCACGACCUCACCAGCGAGCCUGCCACUGCUCGGGGAGUCACCCCGCCUUUACCCGGACCUCGAGGCCUGAAGCUCAGGGACGUGACUCACAGCGCCAUGAAUGUCUUUUGGGAACCUGCACCUGGAAAAGUGCGUAAAUAUAUCGUUCGCUACAAAACCCCUGAGGAGGAUACCAAAGAGGUGGAGGUGGACAGGUCACGGACCAGCACCCCGAUCAGAGACCUCUUCUCCCAAACCCUGUACACAGUCAGUGUGUCCGCUGUGUACGACGAGGGGGAGUCCCCCCCGCUGACUGCUCAGGACACUACCCGCACUGUGCCGGCCCCCGCAAACCUGAGGAUCACUGAGGUGACGCCGGAGAGCUUCAGGGGGACCUGGGAUCACGGAGCUUCAGAUGUGUCUCUCUACAGGAUCACCUGGGCCCCUGUGGGAAGCUUGGACAGGAUGGAGACCAUCUUAAAUGGAGAUGAAAAUACUUUGGUGUUUGAGAACCUGAACCCAAACACCCACUAUGAAGUCUCCGUUACUGCCAUUUAUCCCGAUGAGUCAGAAAGCGAUGAUCUUAUUGGCAGUGAGCGCACACCACGUUUGAUACCCUUAACAACACCAGCUCCAAAAAGUGGCCCACGAAACCUUCAGGUGUACAAUGCAACAUCUAACAGUUUGACCAUUAAGUGGGACCCCGCUAGUGGUCGUGUGCAGAAAUACAGAAUCACUUACCAGCCCUCAACAGGGGAAGGCAGUGAGCAAACGGCCACGGUAGGAGGGCGGCAGAACAGCGUGCUUCUGCAGAAGCUGAAGCCUGACGCUCCUUACACGGUCACCGUGUCCGCCCUGUACCCUGACGGCGAAGGAGGUCGGAUGACAGGAAGGGGGAAGACCAAACCUCUGAACACCGUGAGGAACCUGAGGGUGUAUGACCCUUCUACCAGCACCUUGAAUGUCCGCUGGGACCAUGCAGAGGGGAAUCCUCGCCAGUACAAGCUGUCCUAUGUACCAACAGCGGGUGGCCCAGAAGACCUGGUACCAAUCCCUGGGAAUACCAAUUACGCCAUUCUUAGGAACCUGCAGCCGGAUACCCCAUACACGGUGACGGUAGUUCCCGUUUAUACUGAAGGGGAUGGAGGACGCACAUCAGAUACUGGAAGGACGUUGGUGAGAGGACUGGCGAGAAACGUGCACGUGUAUAACCCUACUCCAAACAGCCUGGACGUGCGCUGGGACCCUGCGCCUGGACCUGUGCAGCAGUACCGUGUUGUGUACACGCCCGUGGAUGGCACGAGACCCUCAGAAUCUACCGUGGUGCCAGGAAACACUCGGACGGUGCGCAUGGAGCGGCUGAUCCCGGGCACAGCUUACUCUGUGAAUGUCGUCGCCCUCUACACGGAUGCAGAGGGCGACCCCAGCCCCGGCCAGGGCCAGACACUUCCACGAAGUGGGCCGAGAAACCUGAGGGUCUCCGGGGAGACGACCAACAGCCUCUCUGUCUCCUGGGAUCAUGCCGACGGGCCAGUGCAUCAGUACAGGGUCAUCUACUCUCCCACCGUGGGUGAUCCGAUCGAUGAAUAUACCACAGUCCCGGGCAGGAGAAAUAAUGUAAUCCUGCAGCCCCUACAGUCCGAUACUCCAUAUAAAAUUACUGUCGUUGCUGUUUAUGAAGAUGGAGAUGGUAGUCAUCUAACAGGAAAUGGAAGAACGGUGGGACUACUUCCACCUCAAAACAUACACAUCUCUGAUGAAUGGUAUACGAGAUUCCGGGUGUCCUGGGACCCCUCACCGUCUCCAGUUCUUGGAUACAAAGUUGUGUAUAAGCCAGUGGGUUCCAAUGAGCCCAUGGAAACCUUUGUUGGAGAAGUGACAUCGUACACGUUGCACAACCUCAAUCCCAGCACAAGCUAUGAUGUGAAUGUUUAUGCUCAGUAUGAUUCUGGACUCAGCGUCCCCCUGACGGGUCAAGGCACUACCUUGUAUUUAAAUGUGACAGAUCUGAAAACUCACCAGGUCGGGUGGGAUACUUUCUGUGUCAGAUGGUCACCCCACCGGGCAGCCACAUCCUACAGGCUAAAACUAAGCCCUGCAGAUGGAACCAGAGGACAAGAAAUCACAGUGCGUGGAUCAGAAACCAGCCACUGCUUCACUGGCCUGUCGCCAGACACUGAUCACAGUGUCACUGUCUUUGUGCAGACACCGAACCUUGAGGGACCAGGUGUCUCCAUCAGAGAACAUACCACUGUGAAACCAACAGAAGCCCCCACGGAGCCACCCACACCUCCUCCCCCUCCCACAAUCCCGCCUGCCCGGGAAGUGUGCAGAGGGGCCAAGGCGGACAUCGUGUUCUUGACUGACGCCUCCUGGAGCAUUGGGGAUGACAAUUUUAACAAAGUGGUCAAGUUCAUCUUCAAUACUGUGGGAGCCUUUGAUGAAAUCAGUCCGGCUGGGAUUCAGGUCUCAUUUGUGCAGUACAGUGAUGAGGUCAAGUCUGAGUUCAAGCUGAACACGUACAAUGACAAGGCCCUGGCCCUCGGGGCCCUGCAGAAUAUUAGGUACAGAGGCGGAAACACAAGAACAGGCAAGGCCCUCACGUUCAUCAAGGAGAAGGUGCUGACCUGGGAGAGCGGCAUGAGGAAGAGUGUCCCCAAGGUGCUGGUCGUGGUCACGGACGGGCGGUCACAGGAUGAGGUGAAGAGGGCCGCGCUGGCCAUACAGCACUCAGGGUUCAGCAUCUUCGUGGUGGGCGUGGCCGACGUGGACUACAACGAGCUCGCCAACAUCGCCAGCAAGCCGAGCGAGCGGCACGUGUUCAUCGUGGAUGACUUUGAGUCCUUUGAGAAGAUUGAGGACAAUCUCAUCACAUUUGUCUGUGAAACUGCCACCUCAAGUUGUCCUCUCGUUUAUUUGGACGGGUACACAUCCCCAGGUUUUAAGAUGCUUGAAGCGUACAACCUGACAGAAAAGCAUUUUGCGUCUGUACAAGGGGUCUCUUUGGAGUCAGGGUCUUUCCCCAGCUACUCAGCCUACCGGCUUCAGAAGAACGCCUUUGUGCAUCAGCCUACAGUAGAUCUACACCCCAAUGGACUCCCUCCUUCAUACACGAUUAUAUUAUUGUUCCGACUUCUUCCAGAAACACCCAGUGACCCUUUUGCAAUUUGGCAGAUCACAGACAGAGACUAUAAACCACAAGUUGGGGUGAUUGCCGAUCCUUCUAGCAAGACAUUAUCUUUCUUUAACAAGGAUACAAGAGGUGAGGUGCAAACUGUUACAUUUGACACGGAUGAAGUGAAGACAUUAUUUUAUGGAAGCUUUCAUAAGGUUCAUAUCGUGGUGACCUCAAAAAGCGUUAAGAUAUACAUCGACUGCUAUGAAAUCAUAGAAAAAGACAUUAAAGAAGCUGGAAAUAUCACAACUGAUGGUUAUGAAAUUCUUGGAAAACUACUUAAAGGAGAGAGGAAAUCAGCUACAUUCCAAAUCCAGAACUUUGAUAUCAUCUGCAGCCCCGUGUGGACCAGCAGGGACAGGUGCUGUGAUAUUCCCUCUAGGAGAGACGAAGCAAAAUGUGCUGCUCUUCCCAAUGCUUGCACGUGUACACAGGACAGCGUCGGACCUCCAGGACCCCCGGGCCCCGCGGGAGGACCUGGUGCUAAAGGUCCCAGAGGUGAAAGAGGUACCAGCGGGGCGGUUGGGCCUCCUGGCCCUCGUGGAGAUACAGGCCCUCCAGGCCCCCAGGGUCCACCAGGCCCCCAGGGACCCAAUGGACUCUCUAUUCCCGGAGAACAAGGCCGCCAAGGGACCAAAGGCGAUGCCGGAGAGCCAGGACCGCCCGGCCGAGCCGGAACCCCGGGAUUGCCUGGCCCACCAGGGCCCAUGGGACCUCCAGGAGACAGGGGCUUUACUGGAAAAGAUGGUGCAAUGGGACCCAGGGGUCCCCCCGGGCCACCGGGGAGCCCGGGCCCACCGGGAGUCACCGGGCCAAGUGGGAAGCCAGGAAAACCCGGGGACCACGGCAGACCUGGUCCAUCUGGAUUGAAAGGAGAGAAAGGCGAUAGAGGAGACAUUGCUUCCCAGAACAUGAUGCGGGCCGUUGCAAGACAAGUCUGUGAACAGAUGAUAAGUGGUCAGAUGAACAGAUUCAAUCAGAUGCUGAAUCAGAUUCCAAACGAUUACCACUCCAGUCGCAGCCAGCCAGGCCCCCCGGGCCCGCCGGGCCCCCCUGGCGGCGCCGGAGCCAGAGGAGAACCGGGCCCUGGGGGGCGGCCGGGCUUCCCGGGCACACCGGGCAUGCAGGGACCCCCGGGCGAACGAGGUUUGCCAGGAGAGAAAGGAGAACGGGGUGUUGGCUCUCCCGGACCCCGAGGGCUGCCCGGACCCCCAGGUCCACAAGGAGAAUCCAGAGCCGGUCCACCAGGGUCCACAGGGUCAAGAGGCCCGCCUGGGCCCCCUGGUCGUCCCGGAAACUUAGGUAUCCGAGGCCCCCCGGGCCCUCCUGGAUACUGCGACUCAUCCCAGUGUGCCAGCAUCCCGUACAAUGGGCAAGGCUACCCAGAGCCCUUCGUGCCGGAGCGCGAGCCCUUCGUGGUGCCGGCGGAGCCCGAGCGGACGGCGGACGAGUACGAGGACUACGGCGCCGACCAGCCAGCGGCCGGGCGCGCGCAGGGCCCCGCGCAGUGACCCGAGGCCGCCCCCCGGGAGGUGCUGGGACUGCCCUUUGCAGACCGGGUAGAGCGGCGCGCGUCCCAGCCGAGCGCCCUUUCCCGACUGCAGAGAGCCUGGCCCUGCAGGAAGCCUCACUCCCUCCCGACGCACAGUCUGUAGACUCCUUGUCCUUUGCCCUUGAAAUGCUUGCAAAGCACUUUGUUCACAAAAGCUGCAAGGAGAGAAGGUGCCUUGUGCCUCUAGCACCAUGGGCAGCCUCCGUGAAUCGCUUAGGUUAAGCAGUAAGUUCUGGAACCCAGAAGUACUGUGUGCUUUUUCCAGUGCUCUUUUGCAAGUCAGUUACACCACGAUUCAAGGAAUUUCCUUCCUGAAACGAAACCGGAGGGAGAAGUCAGCCCCCUUGCAGUGAUUUAUCUUCCUCGCCCUCUUCUGCACACGUUGGAGCGUAGGAUGCUCUUGCACAUCUCCUUUAACAAGCACAAACCUUAAAGCCGUGUAGCUGAAACUCUUGUAUCAACUGGAUACAGCUCCAUAUUGCCUUAAAUCUCCUUGUUUUAGACACACUAACAUUUAUGCCAAAUGGCAGAUUACUCUGCAGAGAUGGAAUUGCAUGUUUGUGUUGUAUAUUUAGUAUGAACUUUUUUUUCCAGAACAUGUUUCUUAGUUAUCAAAAGCAGUUGGAAAAUGUUUGCAAGACUAUGAACAUAGAAUUGCUGCUUUUAUAUUUUAACUGCAGAUUGUGAAUUUCACUGCCUUAUAUUAUUUAUUUCUGAAACAAAAGAGGCAUUUUUCAAUAAAACUACUGAAAAUUUGACAUGG